AUGGCUUCACUUAGCAACGCUAGCGCUACCCACAAUCAGUCUUUCCUACUCGAUCAGCUGCCCCUUUUGGACCUGUUCUUCCCCGGUCUCGGCCCUGCAACCUCCCCUGCAUGGUCCCUUCUUACUGGCGGUCCAAGCGUCUAUAGUCGGGCGCUUUGCAUCGGCGGUUUGCUUCUGUUGUUCGGGAAGUAUGCUUCGGAAUAUUUGGGGACGUUGCUGGAAACCUACUUCUUGUCAAAGAUUGAGGUACCCUAUACCGAUGAAGCUUAUGAUAUGCUCAUUUUGUGGGUCUGCUCCCAGCCUUUUGCGCGAUCGGCACGCAACUCCCUCGUUACGAUAGAUCUUAAAUCACCCCUGGAGCCUGGAUCGUAUGCCAAGAAGAAGUCGCUGCACUAUUCACCCUGCAAUGGUCGCUCAUACUUCUGGCACAAGGGCCGUCUAUUUGUAUUCAAUCGACAAAGAACUCUAGGAGAGUUCGGCGGUACUAGGGAGGAAGCCUCUCUCUUAUGCUUUGGGCGCAAUCCUGCCGCUCUCCGGGAGCUCUUAGACGAGUGCCGACGGCACUAUUUAGAGUCGGUUGAGAACAAAACUUGUGUGUUUGAGCACCAAGAAGAUAUGUGGAAAGCUUCCAGAUCGAUGGCUAAGAGAGAUAUGUCAACUGUGAUUAUCAACAGGGAGCUGAAAGAGACGUUGCUAGGUGACGUAACUGAGUUCCUAGACCCCAAAACUAGGGCGUGGUACUCCAAGCGCGGCCUUCCUUAUCAACGAGGGUACCUACUUCAUGGACCACCUGGAACUGGAAAAUCCAGCCUUUGCCUUUCCAUUGCAGGGCACUUCGAUUUAGACGUUUACGUCCUCACUCUGCCUAGUCUGAACGAUCGCCUCCUUAAAGCUCUCUUCGCCGAGCUCCCGCAGCACUGCAUUGUCCUCCUCGAGGAUGUCGACGCGACCGCUGUGCAUCGAAAAGCUGACGGUAGUGCAGAUCCAAGCCAGAGCGUUGGCCCAAAUGGCUCGACCGAUAAAAAGGUGUCUCUGUCGACCCUCCUCAAUGUGCUAGAUGGCCUAGCAUCAUCCUAUGGCAGAUUGUUGAUUAUGACAACCAACUACAUCGAACGCCUAGAUCCGGCACUCAUACGUCCUGGCCGUGUAGACAUGAAGGCCGAGCUCUACCUGGCCGAUGAAGACAUGAUCAACCAGCUGUUCCAUUUCGUCUACAACCACCCCUCGAAGACCAACAUUCCCGACUCGGAGGGGAUCCUCCACCAACCCGGGCAAGAAGGGUUUGUAGAGGACUGCGAGUUACUUCAUUUGGGGCAAGAGUUUGUGACGAAGGUACCCAAGCUAGAAUUCAGUCCCGCUGAGAUCUUGUCCUUUUUGCUGGCAAACAAGCAUUCACCCCGACAUGCUAUUGCUAAUGUAGCGGCGUGGAUGGAUAAGCUUAGAGAGGAGAGGAUGAGAGGACGAAAUUGA